CCCACAGUCUCAAAAUAAGGAAGUGUGUGCUAGCUAAAAUCUGGGCCAGCUGUCAGGAUGGCGUCCGCUGAUGUGCGAGAUGAGUUAAACUGCUCCGUCUGUCUGAAUAUUUACACGGAUCCGGUAAUGCUGAGCUGCGGCCAUAACUUCUGCCGAGCCUGUAUCGGUGAUGUGCUGGAUUCACAGGAUCAAGCUGGAGUUUAUACCUGUCCUGAGUGCAGAGCAGAGUUUCAGGAACGCCCUGUUGUGUACAGGAACCGAACACUGAAUAAUAUAGCACAGCGUUUAUCGUCUACGCAACCAAUGAAAGAGGAUACUGGGAUUUACUGCACUUACUGUGACUUAGCGGUAUCUGCUGUAAGAACAUGUCUGCAUUGUGAGGCAUCCCUGUGUAAUAAACAUGUAGAUAAACACAGCAGGUCAGUGGAACAUGUUUUAAUUGAACCCACUCAAUCCCUGGAGAACAGAAAAUGCUCCGUCCACAAGGAGGUCUUGAAGUAUUACUGUAAGCAGGAUGAGACUUGCAUUUGUGCCUCAUGUUGGAUAGCUGGAGCUCACGGAGGACACGAGGUGGAGAUGAUUAAUGAGGCUGCUGAAAAGGUGAAGAAAAAAUUGAGAACCGAAUUUGAGCAGCUCAAGUUGGAGAAGGAAGAACUUCAAAAGAAAGCCACUUGUCUUCAUGUGCACAGGGAUGAAGUACAAAAACAUGCAUCUGGUGGAGAACAGAAGGUCAAUCUGCUGUUUAGUGACAUUGGGAGACAAAUGGAAAUAAUAAAGAAACAAGCGCUGAGUAAUAUCAAGAGUUUGAAAAAAGAAGAUUCAAUCAAUGCCUCGAAGAAUAUGCAAACAAUAAAACAGAAAACGGACAUUCUGUCUGCGAGAAUGGGUCAGAUUGAAAAACUGUGCAACAUGACAGAUCCAAUACCGGUUAUAGAAGGAUUAAAACCAAAGGAUGUUGGAUACCUAGAUACACGGGACAGACACACGCAGUAUGAUCUGGAUGAUAUUCUAAACUUGGUCAUAGUCCAUGUUCAGUGUCUGGAUUUGGUUGGUGGUGUCACCGAUCUCAGACUAAAACACGGUUUACAUUUGAAUGAGGCGACAGAUAUCUUGUUGGACGUCAAUACAGCAUCUAAUAAAGUGUCUCUAUCUAAAAACUUAAAAACGGCCUCUGACUCUAAAACAUUAUCUAAAAGGCCAAACAGACGGGAAAGAUUUCAUAUUGAACAAGUCUUAGGUACCAAGGCAUUUUCCUCUGGUCAGCACUACUGGGAAGUGGAAACCAGUACAUCUCCUCAUUGGAUAGUAGGGUUGGCUUACGCCAGUAUUAACAGAACAGAUAUUGGUAUUGACGGAGAAUCAACCAUAGGCCAUAACAACAAAUCAUGGGGUUUUAAUUACAUAGACGGCUAUUAUAAUGCUACUCCUUUUAAAAAUCAGUACGGUAGUCAUGGUGGUUACUCUGAGAUUAAAAAACUUGGCAUAUACCUAGAUUACGAGGCUGGACGGCUGUCCUUCUAUAAACUAGGUGACCCAGUAAGACACUUAGCCACUUUCACUGCCACCUUCACCGAACCUCUUUAUCCUGCAUUUUUUGUGCAUGAUGAAGGCUGGAUCAGGAUUUGCAGUUAGUGUGAGUUAUUUAAUUCAUCUGCAGAAAAGUAUAUUUCAUAAGCUAGAAAACACAAGGAUAUUAGCAGGUAUUUUGGAUACAAAUUUAAAGGAAACACUUUUUUUUAAAAUAUUUGGACACAAACAAAUUAUUGGAUAAGAUACCUCAGGAGACAUUGCAACAUUCAUUGAAACAGCAUUAAAAUAUUUAUAGGAAUGAACCUCUCUUUCCAUGACUUCUGCAGGACCUAAGACUUGAAACUACCUCGUCCUGGUAAGGUCUUGAAUCAUAAUUACCUUUUUUGCUUCUUUUUUUAAUGAAUGGCAUGUGCUCUGCUCAAAACAUGAAAAACAUUUUUGCUCCCUUUCGUUUUGGGAGAAGAACAGACCGGCGCCAGACCAAC